GGAUCUGCUUCAGCUGAUAGAGGAAUCAGAGAUGUGUCUGCUAGUGUUUUACCUUGGCCGAAACCAAGGCUUUCUCUUCGAAGAUGAACAAGGAUUCAGAUUCAGUGAAAUUCAUUUGGAAGAAUAUCAGAUGGUUUGCUUCCACGAGGAUACAAAGUAUGUCAUUCUGAGAGUUAGAGGAGGCACUGGAAGAUGUGAAGAGGGGCAGAUGUGCAUUGAUGUAUCCCUGAAGAUCAGACACCAUUCAAAUGUUGAACAGAUGUUCCAGUGGUGAAGGAAGAGUUGCAACAGUUGCUGUUUGGCUUUGAUGAGAAGCGAUUCACGCGGAUGACACCAGCCUUGUUUUUCCUCGUCAGAGAGCCGAAGGACAAUCCCAUGGAGUCAUCCUGCACCUCCUCCAGGGAAACACAGAUACUGCCCCCCAUCAGUGAAGAAGCUUCCAGAAUGGUUAAGAGAGCAGAGGAUGAUCAUUUGGAAACAUUGGACUUACCGUUUCACUCGGCAUCCUCAAGUCAAGGGUCUCCGCGAGAGUUCUUACGACAACUCAAUCGGUUUUUGAAUGUAGUGUUAGAUUACUCCACUGACCAGAAUUCCAGAUCUGUGCUCCACCUUGAUAAAGAAACUAUUGAAAGCCUUCCCCACCACUCAUUGAAUAUUUCUAAUGCCUACGUCCUGGAGCUGCUGGUUCAGUCUGAGGAGCCUUUGGUGUUUUUGUUGCCAGAGAAUGCUGAGAACUUCUUGGAGCAAAUCAUCGAACAUGGAAAUGUUGGGGAAACUGAGGAAAAGAUACAACACCUGUUCCUCACCAAACUGAAGAGCACCAUUAAUAAAGUCCUGGAGAUCCCCGUUUUCCAGAAGGAGAAGGUUCUAAAGAAGCUGAUUCAUCUGCUGAAUGAGUGCAACUAUCCCUUUCCACUUCCCGAGUUCCCUCAAGUUAAUAUCUCGCCUCAGGAUGGCUCAAAGAAGAUAAAUCGAAGGCAAAAGACCUAUUAUACUUUCUUGUUGCUGAAGACAUUGCAGACAGUGAAGACCUUCUGGGACAAGAGGCAAAAAAUUUUCAGACAGAACAGGAGUGCAACCAACCGGUCCAUCUGCAAACUAGAGGAACUCAGCAUCGACUUUGAGCGUUUGUCCUACGAUUGGAUUUUGGUGCCCAAAUUGUACAAUAUACACAAUUGUGUUGGGUCCUGCAGUAUUCCCUUGACGGGGAAUGUAUCUAAUCAUGUUGUCUUGCUCAUUAAGAUGCAGGAGCAAGGGCUUCCGACAAAACGAGAGCCGUGUUGUGUUCCGGUGGAGUACUCUGAACUGCUCCUGGCUGUCGUCAGUGACCAAAGCAGCAUGAUCACCGUGUACAAGAACAUGGUGGCAGAGGAAUGUAAGUGCAGAUGACCCAGGCAAUGCGGCUGUCUCAUGAGUCAAAUAUUAUCAGGAAAAGCCAGUGUAUAUCUAUAUUAAGAACAUUUAUGGUGACAUUUUACUCAGCCAAGCUGCGUAUGAUCUUACAGUACAUCAUAUGUUAGCAUGGCCAUAUUCUGCAACUGUCGA